AUGCGAUUCGCCGCGAUUUUCUCGCUAAUUUUCGCGAUUUUUGUCGCCAGAGUCGCGUGUCAAUGGGGUGGCGGCUGGAACAAUUAUAAUAACUAUAAUAAUUAUGGUGGAGGCUGGAACAAUGGUGGCGGUGGAUUCGGUGCUCAGCAAGCUUGGAAUGUUCAAAAUGCGGCGAGGGUUGGAACCGAGGUUGCGGAAGCCGUUUUGGUCGCGGAAGAGGUUCAGGAAUCGAUUGGGAAAUAG